CGGACCGGCAUAACACCACAGAAGAAGAAGGUACGUCCUAGGGAUACCGAAUAGCACUAACCUGAAUGUCAAAAUACUCUUUUCUGUCAUAUCAACGUGAUUAUUUUCGGGUUGUAUGUUCUCUUCAUUGUAACUAUUAUACGUUUUGACGUAUUCAUACAUGAAUUGCACAUCGUGUUGAGACGUCUUUUUCAGUUCAAUAUAAACGUAGAGGCUGGCAAGAUAUUUCAACGCUAACGCAUUGCAAAGCUAGUGAAGCUAACUAGCCGAUUUGGACGUUACACCAUGGAGCCCGAAGCACAAAUACGAAACCUACGGGACUUUCUGAUGGUCUACAACCGUAUGACAGAGAUCUGUUUCCAGAGAUGCACCAGUAACUUCAACUACAGAAGUCUCACCAUGGACGAGGAGCGCUGUGCAGACAGCUGUGCCGGGAAGCUGAUCCGCUCCAACCACCGUCUGAUGGGAACCUAUGUCAACCUGAUGCCGGGGAUGGUGCAGCGCCGCAUGGCUGAGAUGGAGAAGAAGAACGCUGAGCUGGUCACAGCAGAGGCUGAGGCUGCAGGUGCACUGGAGGGGACACCUGACUUGGCUGAUCAAGGCCUACCUAUAGCCUCAACCGGGGGUAAAGCCUCCGCUCCUGCCCCGGGGACAAGUGAGGGUAUGACGGCUUCAGAGGUAUCAGUGAUGGCUGCCUCAGUCUUAAAGCCUGCUGUUUUAGAUUUCUCUGCAGACCUGGGUCCAGCUGCCUCACCCUCCACCCCCUCCUCCACCUCCACAGAGGUUAAACUAGCAGCUGCCUCACCCUCCACCCCAGCCUCAGAACCACUGGUGCCUUCCUCCAUCUCCCAGGCUGUGAAUGGAGUAGGGCUCACCAGGCUGACUUCAGGCCCAAUUUUAGAGUUGUCCCCUGUUAGACAUGAUGAAUCCACAGUCACUGCUGCUCCCUGUGCUGCACCAAGUGGUCCCCACCUUAGUAGAUAACCAGGCACCAGUAAUGUUAGUUCCGCCCACAUUUACAUAUGGUGCCUGUAGAGGCGACACUAGCGCCUACAAUAGUGGCUCUUAUGGUUA